AUGGACGAUAAAUCGGUUAAACAACGAAAAGCCGAACAAUUACGAAAAAUUAUUUUCCUUGGAAUAGCCAUAAGUACGUCUGUUACUUUAAUAUGCAUUAUUGUCGCACCAUUAUUAUACAAUUAUGUCCAAAGGAUCCAUACUGCCUUACUUAAUGAAGUCGAAUUUUGCAAACGCCGAUCCACAAAUAUGUGGGAUGAAUUUGGACAUACAAAAAAUAUUCUUGGAAUUCCUUCAACCCAAAGAAGAAGGCGACAAACCCAUUAUAUUGAUGCAAUGACAAGCGGAGCUAGAUACGGACAAAAAUAUCGCCACAGGGUCAAUUCACCUGCUUAUCAGCCAAAGGGUAUUGGCUAUGGAGGAUUACCACUUAUUCAGGUAUCGCCAGCGAGGAUGCCGUCAACGGGCCAAGGAUGUUGCAGCUGUGGGAUAGGCGAUGCAGGCCCACCAGGUUUUCCGGGCACUCCUGGAGAAAAUGGACUUGAUGGUUCGCCUGGAAGAGAUGGCUUACCUGGACCCGAUGCCAGAGACGAUGUUGAUUACAAGGAACAAGAGUGGUGUUUCGAUUGUCCCGUGGCACCACAAGGCUCUCCAGGAACUCGUGGGCCGAAAGGACCCCGCGGACCGCCAGGACAGCAGGGAUUGGAUGGUAGACCUGGAGAAAUAGGUCAAACUGGAGCAGAAGGGCCACGCGGAACCCCAGGUCCAAGGGGUCCACGCGGCGAAAAAGGCGCACCAGGUUUGCCAGGUCAACGUCAUGAGAUGCCAGGUGGUAAAGGACGACCAGGAAGACCAGGACCUCAAGGCCUACCUGGAUUUGACGGAGAACCUGGUGUAGAUGGCACAGAAGGUCCACCAGGUCCAAGAGGGCAACAGGGCACUGCAGGACUGCCAGGACGGCCAGGUAAUCGAGGCUUAAAUGGUUCUCGUGGAGAAAAAGGCACACAGGGAAGGGUUGGUUCUUGUGAUCAUUGCUCACUUCCACGUCUCGAAGAUGGUUAUUUCUUGAGUAGGCGCACGCAGUGA